AUGUCCCUUCGGUGUCUUGACAUGGCGCAAUCGCAACGCGAUAUGCUACGGCCAUCCUCUUCUCGUUUUCCUGACGCUCAGGGUGAGCAGGCUACAGAACCUCCGUCUCAAUAUAAGGACCCUCCAAAUACCCCGAUACCCCGACAUGUGGAGUCGGUCACACCCGAUGCUGGUCAGCUAGAGCAGCUGCUUGCGAGACUUAGCAGCAGAGUACAUCCUUUUGAUCCGUCUUGUCCUCUGCGAUCGACACCAAAAGCCACACCUGAUGAGUAUGACCGUCUUAUUAAUGCCGAAAUACGAUAUCUGGCUAAGGCUUGGUAA